AUGAAACUAGUAAGUGUGCGACAUGGUUUGGUGCUGGCUGUCGGCUAUUUAGCUGUGGUACAUGCUUCUUUAUUCGAUUGCUUUGGCCAAGCAACGCUUCCUGUGGCUAAUCCGACUAUAACUGCUUCUCCGGCACUGCAUAUGCCUAAGCCAAUGGGGAUUUCUUUGACCGAUGGGGAGAGUUUGCCUUUGGUCGAUAUACUUCAGCACAGUUGGGAUGUAAUAGAUACGGCCAUGAAAAUGCGGAUGGCGGCAGACGCCACUUCUACGUUGUCAACCAACGAUCCAGCCUAUGAUAUAAUUGCUGAGAAGAUGCAGGGUGUCUUUUCCUUGUUUGAAAUGCUGGCUAUCUUUAUCAAUGACGAGCAGGCUAAGGAGGAGUAUCUUCAUGCCGUGUAUAAUCUGGAGAUCCAAAACAUGUACAAGGCCCACCAAGAUAUCGUACUUAACCACAUUGCUGACGUGUACUACACCACCGAGAUAUCCCAAGGGCUUAAAUUAGUUCCUGGCUUCAACUUUGUCUUGAACAACAUUGUUGAUAUCGAGCGUGGCUUCUUACAUUCUCGGGGCAAAUACCAGACGCGGCUUCUGAGCUACUUCAGUUCAAGUAAACAAGAGCGACGAUUGGGUGACAUCUUUGCCGGAAUUCGAUGGAGGGAUCUGCUAAGCAAGAAAAGUACGUCUGGUCUGUCUGGUAUGCCCGGAGCAUCUGGUCUGUCUGGUAUGUCUGGUAUGUCUGGUAUGCCGGGCCAGUUAGGAUUAUCUGACUCUCAAAAACACAUCUUUGACUAUUCACAGUACGCCGGCGAUGCUAACCCCUUAACCACCGCUGUUCCAUUUGCGAUCCACCUUCCUAUUGGGUUAGGCACUAGUGUAAACCCUAUUGCCGAUAUCAUCUUUGUGCUUCCUCAAGCCGGUGUUAGCACCUACGACACUUGGGCCAAGAAAGCCAUUAGAGACCCCGCCUCAAUCAAAAGCAUUCCUUGGGCAUACUUUGACACGGACAUUUUCUUCGCUAACCGCGACGAACUUGACUUUGCCAUCUUGUCUCAAGUUGAGGCUAAGUUCCGUGACGAGCUGGCAAAAGCCCAAAGUGUUGUUAAUUUGAACCCAUUCACCGCAGUUUAUACUAUGGGAUCUCAAAUCAUCGACCUUUCCGCUCUCUUUAAGGUUUACAAGGCUAUUUGUGCGCUCCAUGUGGGACAGAACGACUCAUUGACUAAGCUGCACUUCAAGUCCUUUGUCUUUGACAUUGUCUCGUCUUGUAUCAAACAGCAAAUCAGCUUGGGCCAGUACAACGAAAAGCUCAACAACUUUUACCAAGUGCUAUACAAGAUUUACAUCCGCUAUCACGAGCUCUACACAAUCAACCAACAGGCCAUUAACUUCUGGAAGCUCACUGCUAAACAGCAGAGCCGAAUCUUUAGGGACUACACAAAGGGCUGCGCGGUUCUUCCAGUGCUGCCUUUCUCUGCCUGGAUCUAA